CCACAACAAACUUAUCACAAUUGCACGGUCUAUUCUCAAAACAGAUGUGCGGUGAGAUGCAUGGCUGAUUUUAAUUGAAUUUGUUAAAUUCGCGUUUGUGAGUGUGAAAACGAUGUUUGCACAAAUUUUAUGCUGCCAGAUUUGGCUGCUGCUCUUUGUACUAUUGGUAUCUUGGUUUUUCCUUACAAACGGAAGAUAUAGAUAUUUAUAUAUUCUAUAUAAAACUUGGCGCCGAGAUUUAAGAGGCCUGUCCAAGGUAUUUCCUGCCAUAUUAAGAAUAGCAAAAUGUGAAAAAAAUCAGGAUACAAUACCUAAGCUAUUCACAAAGAUAGCUACAAGUAGACCGCACAAAGUUGCCUUUUAUUUUGAAGACGAAACUUGGACAUUCGGACAAAUAGAAGCUUAUAGUAAUAAAAUAGCGAAUUAUUUUAUAUCCCUGGGUUACGAAAGGGGUGACACAGUCGCUCUCUUAUUAGAAAAUAGACCAGAAUACGCUGCUAUCUGGAUAGGUUUAUCAAAAAUUGGAGUUGUAACAGCUUUAAUUAACACCAAUUUGGUUUCCAAACCAUUGCAACAUUGUAUAUCAGUGGCAAACGUAAGGGCACUAAUAUUUGGAUCAGAUUUUGCAAAUGCUGUAAAAGAAAUUUAUCCCCAAUCUGGUGAAAUAAAACUAUACCACUUUAAAACAUCUACAUCUGCAGAACAAGGAAAUGGAGUGCUAGAUCUCAAAGACUGUAUAUCUAGUCAAUCAGUAGCAUCUCCCCAAAAACACAUAAAUAUGGCAAAUACUAAGGAUAAGCUGUUAUAUAUCUACACAUCAGGGACUACAGGACUGCCGAAGGCUGCAAAAAUUACUCAUGCAAGAUUCAAUUUUGCUGUAACUGGAAUCAACUACUUCCUUUCGUUAGACGGAAAUGACAAUUUUUAUAACCCUCUACCCCUAUACCACGCCACUGGAGGAAUGUUAACGAUUGGACAAACUUUAAUUUUCGGAGUAACCAUGACACUUAGACGCAAGUUUUCUGCUUCUAACUUUUGGACGGAUUGCAAUAAAUAUAAUUGUACUGUUGCUAACUACAUAGGAGAAACGUGCAGAUACAUAUUAGCAGCGCAUAAAGGAAAAUCAAACAUAACCCAUGGAGUGAAAAAAAUGUUUGGCAAUGGACUCAAAAAAGAUGUUUGGAAAGACUUUGUAGAAACUUUCAAGAUACCUGAACUUUUUGAGUUUUAUGGGUCGACAGAAGGGAACACCAAUUUAAUCAACUUGGAUAACACCAUUGGAUCAGUUGGUUUUCUGCCGUUUUAUUUGGGACCAAUAUUUUCAAUUUGCCUUAUUAAAUGCGACGAUGAGACCAAAGAGCCGCUUAGAGAUGCAAACGGAUUGUGUAUUAGAUGUAAAGAUAACGAAUCAGGUAUACUCAUAGGAAAAAUAUACAAGAAAAUUAGUACACACAGCUUUGAUGGUUAUGUGGACCAAAAAGAGACGAGCAAGAAGAUUCUGCAAGAUGUUUUUAAGAAGGGAGAUUCCUAUUUUAAUUCUGGGGAUUUAAUGGUACAAGAUGAGUUUGGAUAUCUUUAUUUCAAAGACAGAACUGGAGAUACGUACAGAUGGAAAGGAGAAAAUGUGGCAACGACUGAAGUGGAACUCCUAGUAAGUGACAUAAUAGGACCAAAGGAAAUCGUGGUUUACGGAGUUGAGGUUCCAAAUGCCGAUGGAAAAGCUGGUAUGAUUGCUGUUGCCGACAAAGAGAAAUCCUUAAACAGAAAAGCUUUAGCCGAAGGACUAAAAGCUCAUCUGCCAACAUACGCCAUACCUAUAUUUCUAAGAGUUAUGGAAUCGCUACCGAUGACAGGAACUUUUAAAGUCAAGAAAAAUGAACUCCAGAAGGACGGAUAUGACGUUAAUUUAGUUAAAGAGGAUGUGUAUGUGUAUGAUAGCAAGAAAGUAGAUUAUGUACCGAUAAAACCUCUAUAUGAAGAUAUUUUAGCGGGUAAAAUUAAAUUGUGAUUUUCCAUAGUAUGGAAUUGGUUAAAUAGUGUGUUUAUUAUGAGUGUGUAAAUGUCGGGACUGAUAGUUACAUUGUGAUUUUUCAUGUUUUGUAUCGUAUAAAUAAUAAAUGGUUGGUUGUUAUUUUAUAA